CACUGCUGAUGGCGCGAAGUUUCUCUAGACGGUUAUGUCCUUGACUUUGCCCACAAUCCCUUCAGUGUCCUGGCCUCUCUGCGACGUUCUUCCCUCCCUCCUUGCCUUCCCACCACUUCGUCUUCCCUCCUUCCUCCUCCUCCUCAUCUCCUUUUGACUCAACGGAAGUCUCUCUCUCUCUCUCUCUCUCUCUCUCUCUCUGGAUUGCGGAAUUUGUCGUAGGCGGCACUCGAGAUCGUCCCCACGCGGAAUGGCGGAAUCGUGGAGAGCCGCGAAAUUUCUCUGGAGGUCUCGUUUUCUUGCUCCCGUGGUGGCGUUCGUGGUGGAUUAGAGUUGUUUUAUGCGUCUUCUGGUUUGGGGAAUCGGAGUGAAAAAGGAGGAGGAGGAGGAGGAGGGAGGAUAUCACGGAGCGCGGGGGGCGGGGAGGUGGAGGCGGAGACGCGGAGAUGAAAUCUCCGUUGAGGAAGUUUGGGUUCGGCCUGCACAAGGGCGAGGGGAGGGCCAAGCGGAGCCAGCAGGCGGUCAGCCGAAGGGAUGAGCUUGCGCAGGCGACGCAGGACAUGGAAGACAUGAGAGAUUGUUAUGACAGCCUCCUCGCUGCAGCUGCUUCCACCACAAACACUGCAUAUGAAUUUUCAGAGUCACUGAGGGAGCUGGGUUCUUGUCUGUUGGAGAAGACUGCUUUAAAUGAUGAUGAGGAUAGUGGUAGAGUUUUGUUGAUGCUGGGGAAAGCACAAUUUCAGAUCCAAAAAUUCAUUGAUUUCUAUAGAUCACAUAUUAUGAAGACAAUUACAAGUCCAUCUCAGUCUCUUCUUAGUGAGCUUCAAACAGUAGAGGAAAUGAAAAAUCAAUGUGAUGAGAAAAGAACCGCAUACGAACAUUUAUUGGCUUCUCAAGGGGUAAAAGGGAAGCCUAGGAAUACUAGAGAAAAUAUUUCACCCAAACACGUGCAAGCUGCUCUAGAUGAAUAUGAAGAUGAGGCAAAUUUAUUUAUUUUCCGCCUGAAAUCAUUGAAGCAAGGGCAAUCCAGGAGUCUUUUAACACAAGCAGUUCGUCAUCAUGCUGCACAGAUGAACUUUUUCAAGAAGGGUCUUGAGUGUUUAGAGUUGAUUGAGCCACAUGUAAAGCUUAUUACAGAGCAGCAGAAUAUUGAUUAUCAGUUUAGCGAACUUGAGGAUGAUGAUGCUGAAGACGAAGAUAGUGAUGCUUACGCUGUUAAUGAUGAUGAUGAACUAAGUUCUGACUUUGAGCAACCACAAUAUGUAACAGAUACUGUGCUUGCCACACGGCAUUCUAUGGAGCUAGAUCAAGCAGAUCAUACCCUUGCUCCAUCUUUAUCAAUUGAUGUUACUCAGGGGAAUCAAGUUAUAACCCAGAGAAAUUCUAAUGCAAGGAUUAAUGAGCCUAAGGAUGUUAGUUUCUCAGCACCCAUUUUGGCUUAUCGUGAUAAGAAGGUUGAUACAGUUGAAAAUUUGAGAGACGUGAAGCCAUUAACACCAAGGAAGUUCAACACUUACAUGUUGCCUACUCCUGGUGAUGCCAAAAAUGCAACAUCAGCUGGUUCAAAUAAGAUUCCUGGAAGGCUGUCCAAUGUAAAUGGACAAACAAAUACUUUAUUUCAUUCAUUACCUUUGGCGCCAAAAAAGCACCCAGGGGCUAAUCAAUCACCAGAAAGACCUAACUUGUCAAAAUCACAUUCGGUUCUGAGGGAAAGCAAUAUGAAUAAUGUCACAGGCUGGGCCUCAAUUCAUUUAGAGGAAGGGCUUUCACUGCAUAAAUCUGGCUGGAGAAGUUUUGAUGAUACAAAGGUGAAAAGACAAGCCUUUUCAGGGCCACUGACAGAUAAUAAAUCCCGGUCAAGUAAAUCCAUUCCAUCUGCUGCUGGACGUACAAGACCUGUAGAACACCCUGUGUCAGUCUCCAAAUUGUUCACCCGAAUACCUGUACCAUCUCAGCGAGUAGUUUCCCCCAGAUUAUCUUUAUCUUCUUCACCUACUUUUAUCUCUUCACCAAAAAUAAGUGAGCUUCAUGAGCUUCCUAGGCCUCCUGGAAGCCUAGCCAAAAUUGAUGUUUCAUCGAAGUCUAGCUUUUAUACCCAUUCAGCUCCAUUGGCCUCUAAAAAUCAGCGACCUCCUGUGGCAGAGAAAUUUUUAAGGAUACCACAAGAAAGAUCCCUGCUACCAAGACCUCCUUCGACAGUACGCCGCAGUUUUUCAAUACCUUCAAGUGGUGGAGAGAGAUCACAAUCUGUAAGCUGCCUAGAACCUCCUGUAGAUCUUGGAGUGGAGGCUAUUUCACCUCCUUUGACACCAAUUCCUUUUCCAAACAGCCAAUCAGCAAUGCCUAGUAAAGUAUCAACCUCCAAAGCCGCAGGUGAUGAAUGAUGGAUUCUCGCAAACCGGCUGAUAUUCAUGCCUUACCAUAUUACCGUAUGUAACACGGUGUCGGUUGAGUAAGAUCGCCCUGUAAAUAAUAACCCAUGCAGCAUUCAAUUUUUUUUUUUUUUAUGGUUUCAAGCUGUUAAAUUCUCUCCAAUGAUUAAUCAGUGUUAAAAAUCAAUAAUGUGUCUUGUAAGUGGCGUUGUAUGUAAAAGUACUGGGCUAGUCUUAAAUGAAAAAUCUCAUUUUAAGUUA